AUGGCAACGCGAACACAGACUGUCGAUCCAGUAGAUGUGAAGAGGACCUUUGCUGCUCAGUUCGAGAGCAAGGAUCUCGUCACAUUUGACGCAGGCAAACACUACGGAGAUUGGCGUGAUGAGUUCCAUCAAAAUGGCUGCGUCAUCAUUAAGAAUGUCAUCAGCAAGGAGCGUGCUCAGUACUAUUGCGAGAAGCAAAUCAAAUGGUUGAAGAAAUUUGAACUUGGCUUUGACGAAAAGGAUCCUACUACAUGGACUGCGGAUCACCUUCCAGUCAGUUUCAAGGGAGGCAUGUAUUCUGCGUACGGUGCGUCACAUGAGCAAAUGGCAUGGGAGGCUCGUAUGGAGCCAGCCGUCAUCGAAGUGUUUGAGAAGCUUUGGGAAACCAAUGAACUUAUCACGUCUUUCGAUGGCAUGAACAUUUCACUACCAAAUCGCAAGGAUAUUGUGUGGAGUCCAUGGCCGCACUGCGACCAAAAUCCAGAGAGAAAAGGCAUGCAAGCUGUUCAAGGGCUUUUGAAUUUCGCACCAAACGGCCCAAAUGAUGGUGGGCUUGUUCUGAUGCGUGGCUCAGCUACGCUUUUCGACGAAUUCUUCGCCCACAAGCGCGAAUCCGCCAACCAUGAGGAUGCCCCACCCCCAGAGAUAAAGUUCAUGGACCUUUUUCUCUUCAAUGAGAAGGAUGUCAAAUGGUUUGAAAGUAAGGGGUGCGAACUCUUCAAGGUGAACAUGGCACCCGGUGAUUUUGUAUUGUGGGAUUCGCGGACCAUGCAUUACGCCCGAUUCCCCGAAGGUGAUCAGAUCAGACACGUGCAGUACAUUUGUAUGACACCACGAAAAUUCGCCACGGAUGAAGCUUUGGAGGCAAAGAAAUAUUGCUUCGAUAAUUGGUUUGGCACGACACACUGGCCUCACUGCAAUAUUCGCCCAUCACAGGAUCCCCCCAAAAGAAACGGCGAGGUCUGUCCUAAGCACCGUAUAGAGCCCUUCGAGAAGCCUCAGAUAACGGAUAAGCUGCUACAGUUGGCUGGAGUGAAGGAUUAUUAG